AUGAGCACAGGCAUGAACGCAUAUUUUCUUGAGGAGAAUUGUGACUAUACGCUCAAGAGUUGCAACUGGCUCGGUGUUGAGGGAGAAAAUUGCGCCCAAGAGUACUGUAACGGAUAUCCAUCGACCUCCGGCACCUGCCCAGGAAUAGGACUUGAUCCCCGAAACUGCUGUGGUUCUUCCAAUGCAGCGACGUGCUUAAAUACUUGGUACCACGGAAGCAGUGGCUCAACUGGCAGUGGUAGCAGCGGGGAUAACACCAGCAACAACCCCUGUGCUAGUGUGGUCAAAGUCAUCAUUUCGUGUUCGACGGCGAACCCGAGUCUAUUUCCUUCCGGAUCGAUCUACACCGCAGGGCCUAUCGCCACUGAAGCCGCAAGCUGUCUGUGUUACGACUCCAAUGGGACAUAUGACCCAUCUUCUCUCGAUGAAAAUGCCAGUAAAUGUGUUGCGUCGGGCAGUGCAGCUCAUCCUACCUAUUAUCCCUAUGCAAGCGUGUUGGAUGGGUUCUGCUCCAAUGUCGCCGGGCCUGCUAGCACCGCUGCCGCUUUGACAACCACUGCGCUGACAGGGCUGGGGAUUGUCACUUCAGGUGCGACAGUUACAAGUGCAGCGGUCGAAGAGCUCGGCUUCCAGAGUGGUUCGGUGGAAAUCACCACAACUAGCACUUUUUGGGGCUUCUUUAUUGGCGUCAAUCGUGAUGUCCUGAGCGUUGCGAUAGAAGGACGCGUUGUGGAGCGUGAAACUUGUCUUACAAGGACGAUAGUAUUGCUCUUUGUGCCAUUUUGA